AUGGCUCCGCCAGCUGCCCUCCACCCUCCCUCCCCCUCCGGAUCGACCGACCGAUUGGCUGAGGAGCUAGCCCCAGCAAUUGACCAGCUGAAGAGCGUUAGUGCAGGCACCGCGAUCACUCUGUCACAAGCCCAGUCGACGACCGAAUCUCUUCUCCGCCUCCGCCACACCUUCAUAGAUGAUGCACGCCCGCAUACUGCCAAAGACGCAUUUCGAUAUCUUCAGGGCUUUCAAACCCUGCUGACACUCGCGGAACGAAUAGCCGAGCUCUACGAUCCUUCGCAUACAUCCAAGGAGGAACGGAAAGGCCUGCUGGAUAUCUUCAAAGAUGUGCUCGGUGUGUUGGCAGAGGCUCUGAAAGAACAAUUUGGAAACAAGCGGUAUUUUGCCCGCAAGAUAGUCGGAGGGGGCAUUUCUGCACUGGAGCGGAUUUUGACCGCGCUGGUCAAGAAGAUAGACACGAACGAGGGUGACGCACAUCAUCUUUACGGCGCCAUUUUGGCCGCAGCUCUAUGUCAAGAGACAGUCUCGGGUAUUUUUGUAACCCUCAACACAAAAUUUGCCCAGAAUAAGGACUCACUGUCCACGCGAGAGGUCGAAGAUGCCGUGGACCAUUGCAUUGGAUCCGCCGAGACGGUGGAAGUGCCAGAACUACUCGGGCCAUUCAUUCGCGUGUGGUUGAUCCACUCCUCUUUCUCGUCAGGGUAUGACAUCUUACGCCUGGCCUUGCCCGCAUGCCUCUGCCAAUUGGCCUCGCAGUCUCGGAGGAACGUCGUAGCCUUGCAUGCCACCGAUAUGCUCACAUCAAUUCUACCCCUCUUGUUCGAUGGCGUACGGACUGACAGUGAAAACGCAAUCUAUCAAAACCUGGCUCAGUCUCUCAGCGUUCAGGGUAUGAGUAACUUGGAGGAUGCCGUUGCAUUAUACCGCGGAGCGCAUGAAAACCCACAAGUCUUAAAGGUCCUGUUAUCUGCUCUUAAGUCCUCUAAAGAGCCCCCGUCAAUACAAUUCGAUAUGUCCCGGCAUGGGUAUUGUUCUGUCGAGUUUUCAACACUUGCUAGGCCCUUUCCUCCUAUCAAUUCUUCUGGAUACACUCUGGCUGUCUGGGCCCGCUUCGACGAGUUCGAUUCUAGAACGCACACCACUAUCUUUGGAGCCUUCGAUGCAAGUCAGACGUGUUUCAUUCUUGCCUACCUCGAAAAAGACACCCGAAAUUUCAUUCUCCAAACUUCAAUCCGAGGUGCUCGGCCCAGUGUUCGGUUCAAGGCGGCGAAAUUCCAGUCGAAGCGCUGGUAUCAUAUUUGUGUCGUGCAAAAGAGACCAAAGCCGAUGUCUUCUUCUCGCGCAUCUCUGUUUAUAGACGGCGAAUUCGUUGAACAGCUGAAGAUUGAAUACCCGUCUGUUCCUACAACUCAUCAUCCAAACAAGCCGCCUCGCAUUCAGGCCUUCUUUGGCACCCCUCAGGACUUAGCAAUGCGACUCGGAAAAGGCGUAUCCACUUCUAGGUGGUCUCUUGCAAAUGGAAUACUCUUUGACGAGGCUUACAGCGACGACAUGGUAGCCGUGUUCUACAACCUUGGGCCGCGAUAUUAUGGGAACUUCCAGGACUGCUUGGGUUCUUUCCAGACAUACAAAGCCUCUGCGACUCUCAACCUGCGAAAUGAACAUCUUCACCCCGGCAAGGAGGAAGCCUCGGACAUUGUAACUGCCAUCCGGAGACGAGCGAGUACAUUGAUUCGUGAGAGCUCGAUUCUGAUCAAUGUUUCUUCUGUCGCUGUGCUUGACGACGAUGAUAGCAACAAUGUCGAUGAAUCGCAAUUGGUCAAAUGUCUCUCACGGCAAGCAGCAAAAAGCUUGCAACAGCUGACGAAAGCGGGCGGUAACGCUAUCGCUGUCAAUGGCGCUACGCCGGCCAUUAAUGACGGCUUGACACAACCCCAAGGAGUCGGUAUUCUGACGGGUGAUCCUGUCGUUGCUGUACCCAGAGCCAUGGAUGAUGCCAGUUGGUGCAUUGGUGGCUGCGCCGCGGUCCAUCUCAGCUUGAUCAAAGCAGCAAGCACCGCUGACAGCACUCGCAUGGCCGUGGAGGCUCUCUAUGAAGCAGUCAAGGAUAACUGGAGGAACAGCGAAGCCAUGGAAAGAGAGAACGGCUAUGGUAUCCUUGCCGCCUUGUUGCGAGAGAAGCUUGGGUUCUAUAUGGGCAAUUCUCCAACUGGUAUCAAAAUUCCCGUGGUUAGCUCAGAUCCCCUGGAGUUGGCAUCCUUGAUGCUUGAUUUGCUACGUUUGACUCUCGCAUUUGUUGGAUACGACUUUGAGAAGCCCAAUAAUUCUAUCAUCACAAACCCGCUCGCCUAUCGUGUUCUGCUUGUUGACAUGGACGUCUGGCGACUCGGAGAAUUGCAGGUGCUCGAGCUAUACUACUCUCAAUUCCGCACCUUUGCCACCGACAGCAACUACCGUCGAUUCAACGCUAGACGACUUGGCCGUAUGCGUGUCAGCAAAAGGUUACUGGAAACUCUCAAGGGUGGUGAAUUGAUCGAAGAAUCUCUCCGGCCUUGCCUGUUGGCAUUCCGCUCGUUGAUGGAGAGCAGUCCGUCGGCCGACCUUCUUCGCUCUUUAGCUUUGUCCAUCACGUAUACACUCCAUAAGCCGAAAGUUCCCGCCAACCUCCAAAAAAAGAAGAGCUUACGGUACUUGGCCGCAUCAGCUCGACCUGCAUCUUCAAACUCGGAAAGCAAGUAUGUCACCGGCGCUACUUUGGGUGGUGAAUUGUUGCGGUUGUAUGCCUCUGUGUUGUGCGAUCCCGGCGACCCUACGCCAUUGAAGAAAUUUGCCAAAGCUGUCACGAAUAAGUGGCUCCUCUAUCUCAUGUGCGAGGAUGAGCCCGAGAUUGUGGUCCUUGCAACCAAGAUAUUGGCCCGUUUGGUAGUGGUCCAUGGAGCCGGGUACAGUAAGAAAUUCGCAGAGAAGAGCGGCGGUUACAUCAUCUUGGAAUAUCGCCUGAAAAGAUGGUGGAAUAUCCCUGCCUUGUGGCCUAUCUGCUUUUGCAUGUUGUUCGGUGUUGACCAUGCUUCCUUGGACCUCAACAAAGCUCUUGACCUGCCCGGGCUGCUCAGCAUAUUCUUGGCCGACGGCGAUGUAAAGGUCGUCUUCCCUGAUAUGCUGCCGGUGAUUCUCAACAUGCUGAAGAGCGGGAUGCGGAAUUCAGUAGUGGCAACUGAAGGUCAGGAAACCCCACUAGGCUCUUUGGAGGAGCUUGCAUUCAAAUCCUACAAGCCCCGAAUGAACUCUCUCAAGCUCGCUGACGGCGCUCCACCAGACCAGAGUAUAAAUGGCUCUGCGCUCAUAUACUCGGUUGUCCAAUUCUUAGGAGAAGCGCGUGCCAGAUCCCCAAGCUUCCAAGAAUUCACUACACACUCUACCUACGUGCAAGAGCUACUUUCUGUGCUUUACCCCAUCGUUGUCGGUGCUGAUCCAGUUGAUCCCAAUACUGAAGUAGGCUUCCGGCACAGCGGGAUCAGCUUCGAUGAUAGCAACCUCGUGAUACGGCCCCGCUCAAGUACUGCCAAUGCCUCGACAGUUUUGCGGACCACUACGGUCAACUCAUCUGGCGGUGCUGAAGAGAGCACAGGUACUUUAAGACGAGGUUCAUCGUUUGUUCUAGUUUCUUCCGAUAAGUCCAAGAAUCAGCCCUCCUCGGCACGGAUUCGUCGUUUCAUGAACCCAACAUUUGUUGGACAUAAAUCUGCCUCAGAUCAUCCCCUUGUCAAAGCGAUCUUCAGGCUGGUAUUGGCUGUUUUCGAGGACCAAUUAUUGGGCCGCAAAGACUUUACAGGCCUUGGUCUUUACUUAAAGACUCCACCCGGCUUCUCAGAACAUCAAGCCUAUUUUAACUCUUGGGUGUUUGGCUGUGUGCUUUCAGCAUUGCAAGAUUUGCCUUUAGUCCGAUCCGGUCUACUUCAUGAGCCCCGAAUACUUACGAAUCUUGGGCGCUUUGCGACACACUUGACGGAGGCAGUUUAUGAAGGCUGGUUUAUAAAUGGCGCAUCAUCCACCCUCGAGUUUAUUGGCACGAUCUUGGAGUAUCUCCAGCGCCCGGACAUAUCUCGGCUCAAAAGCAUUCGGUUGUGUAGCCAGUCUACCGCAACUAUUCGGUCAACUUUGUACAAAGUCGUAUUGUUUCAUUUGUCAGAAGCAGACGACACGGAGACAGUGUCGUUGCUUAUUCGUCUGAAUUAUUGGCAGGUGGUUCUUCUGUCGGCUGCCGAAACCCAAACCAGACACCUACAUCUUCUAUUCUACCUGCUGUAUACCAAGCUAAUCAGCACGAAUGAGGAUGUCCGCUCGGCUGCCACCCGGUUGUGGAGAAUCAUUCUGGUACAGGCGCCAGAUGGGAUUACAACACUUCUCAGUCAUGGCUCUGUCUCUCUCCAGCGUCGAUUAGCUGACGGCUUCGAUGCCCUUUCGGGAAUGGAUGACGAAGCUUUCCUUGAGUGGAUCGAUGAUCAACGGGACGAUCUAGACGCAUUGUUUUUCGGGGUUUUCUCUCGGUUGUGGGACGCCUUCGUUCAUGAAGAAAACGCAAACAUCGAGGACUCAGUAAGAUCUCGUGUCUCGAAACGGAAAGACAAAUUGAGACAGUGGGCACAGAUCGAGAAAUUCGAUGAAGACGUGACGCGGAAGCACCAUGCUACGCUGCCACAUUGGAUUUCUAACAUCGCAGCUUCCGAGUUCUUGAAGUCCCAAAGAUUCAUACAAGAUCAUCAGGAUAGCGCUACAUUCAUGUGGUCGGCCUUCUCCAAUCUAUUACUAGACUUGCGUCGUCCGGGUGGUCUUCUCUCAGAUGGAAAGGAGAGGAGGUGGUGGCUGGACCAAACAGAAGGUCGUAGCCGCAUGCGACUACGUCUGGUUCCCGAUGAGUCGGGAGAUCGACAAGACUAUCAGCCUAAGCGUAAAGCCUCAGAGCCUCCAGCAGUCAAAUUCGACACUCGGAUACGAGCCCUUUCCGAAGCCGAGAGUUUGACUGCACCCCGUUCUCUCGCUGCAGACCCCGAAAAUACCGGCGGCGAAUCGCCAAGUGGCGAUGCCGGCAGUCGGAGCAUUCUAGAAGACAACUUUGAGAUGAUUGACGAUCCUAAGGUCGAGCUUGAGGACUAUGAAGAUAGGAAUCGAAAGGUGAUGCGAUCUCUGCAACGUGGCGAUCAGGUUCAAAAUGUAUGCAACCUGUCUCGAAUAAUUGGCCUCGAAGCAGUGGAGGGCAUCUUGAUUCUCGGCAAGGACUGCGUUUACAUCCUGGACAAUUUCUUCCAAAGAGCAGACGGCGAAAUUGUAAACGUCUGGCAAGCUCCCAACGAGGAGCGAGAUCCUUACGUGCGCAUGAUCUCUGGCCGUGAAUCCAAUGAUCACCGCUCGCAGGAGCAUGAGACAAGGAGUUGGAAAUGGUCUGACUUGGUUAGUGUUUCCAAGCGCCGCUUUUUGUUCCGCGACGUCGCUCUGGAAAUAUUCUUCACGGAUGGUACAAGCUACUUGUUGACUUUACUGUCCGCCCGAGCUCGAGACGACUUGUGCAACCAACUAGCUACCAGAGCACCACAAGUCACUGGAAGUACUGGGCAUUCUCGACCAGAAGACGUCUGGCGAUUUGAAACCCUUCGCAGUCAAGAUGAUGCACCACAGUCCCUCGGGUCCAAGUUUGCUAGUGUGUUCGGCCAUCUUCCUGCAAACCCAGCAACGCGGAAAUGGGUGAAGGGCGAAAUCUCCAACUUCCAUUACUUGAUGUUGAUCAACACCUUUGCCGGACGUACGUUCAACGACUUGACUCAGUAUCCAGUCUUUCCGUGGGUUUUGGCAGACUACACAAGCGAGGAACUAGAUCUUAACAACCCUGCUACAUUCCGAGACCUGUCCAAACCGAUGGGUUGCCAAACGAUUGAUCGAGAGAUUGGCUUCCGUGAGCGCUACAAUGCUUUCGCCGAGAUGGGCGAUGAUAAUUCACCUCCUUUCCAUUAUGGAACGCACUACUCCUCCGCCAUGAUUGUUAGCUCCUACCUCAUUCGUCUGCAACCAUUCGUCAAAUCCUAUCUUCUACUGCAGGGUGGCUCCUUCGAUCAUGCCGAUCGUCUCUUCUAUUCCAUACGGAAGGCCUGGGAGUCAGCAUCUCGGGGCAACAUGACUGAUGUUCGGGAACUUAUCCCCGAGUUCUUCUAUCUUCCGGAGUUCCUUGUGAAUUCCAACCAUUACGACUUUGGUCUUCUUCAAAACAUGACCACAGCUAUUGACUCUGUUGAGUUACCACCUUGGGCCAAGGGAGACCCCAAAAUAUUCAUCGCGAAACAUCGGGAGGCUCUCGAGAGUCCCUACGUGUCGGAGAACCUGCAUCACUGGAUUGAUCUGGUCUUCGGCAACAAGCAAAAGGGUGAAGCAGCUGUAGAAUCUGUCAAUGUCUUCCACCACCUCUCAUACAAAGGUGCCAAAGACUUGGAUGCCAUCGAUGACCCGAUGGAACGGCUGGCCACCAUCGGUAUCAUUCACAAUUUUGGGCAAACACCUCACCAGAUCUUCCAAAGAGCGCAUGUCCAGAGAGAGGAUCAACGUCAUCGCAUACCACGUCUUGAUACUCUUGCAGAAUCCUUGACGCAAAUGCCGUUGUCUCUGCUUGAUAUUGAAGAGCGGGUGGCAACACUAUCGAUGAAAAACGACCGUCUAUUGUGUACGGCAGCUCUGAGGCUCAAUGUGCCACCGACUUAUGACCACUACAUGGAAUGGGGAUUCUUUGAUGGCAGUGUUCGAUUCUACUCCGUCGACACGCGCAAACUCCUGGGCCACUUUGAGCACCUACACGUCGGCCAAUUGUCUCAUGCUAGCUUUGCAGAUUCCCGUACGCUGGUUACCUGUGGCACGGACUGCACUAUCUCGGUAUGGACAGUCACUGCAACAUCCAAAUCGGUUGAUCUGCAACCCAUUGGGUCGCUAUUUGGCCAUCGAGCGCCAGUCACUGUGCUGGCCGUGUCACGUUCCUUCAGUACUUUAUUAUCCGCCUCCAAUGACGGACAGAUCAUGUUAUGGGAUCUCAAUCGGCGAUCCUUCGUGCGCGCCCUUCCCGCCGACGGUGCGGUCGAUUGUGCUCGAAUCAACGAUGUUUCCGGGGACAUUAUGGUCUGCCGCGGUAGUCGCUUGACAUUGUACACCCUCAACGGAGCCGUGUUGGUGGACCAACAGGUUUGCGACUCGAGUGACGACCACGUCUUAUCCUGUGUCUUUUACGAGGGUGUACAGAACGAAUGGCUCGAACGCGAACUGGUGCUUACAGGUCAUUCUCGUGGCAUGGUCAACAUCUGGAGCAAGUGCCUUCGCGGCGGCCGUUUCGAGUUGGAAUUGAUCCGACAACUACAUCAUACCGACAGUAGUCGUGACAAUGGUGCCAACAUCAGUGCCGGCAUCAGCUGCAUCUUGGCUCUCCCCCAUGUGGUCUAUACUGGGGAUGAGGCCGGUCGAGUGUAUGAAUGGAACUGCAUCCAGCGCCGCUGA